GAGGAAGAUGUUGGGAAUAAUAGCUACUCCUCAUCCAAACAGCUCUCUACUCAGCUUCAGGUAUGGAUACCUUCAUCAUUCAUUGAAUUGUGUGUAAAAUACUGUUAAAUCUAUUCAAUCAAGGAAACUUGAGCACCAUCGUCCACUUUUACCGAUGUUGCAAUGUUGAUCAAUUGCUCCGGGUAAAUCUAGCUUGACGUUGACAUGUUUUGGUACUUGGAUUUCAAACAGAUGAAUGGCAUCUCUUUCCAUCUGACAUCUCCUUCCACAUGACAUAUCUUUCCAUAUGUAAACAGGAAGCAGCACAAUAUGCUGAAAACGUUCCUAGCCAGUGGAGCGAUAACUAGACUGCUGUUGUGCUGAACUCGCUGCGAACACUGACAGACAGUCUACAGAAACAUUAAAAAAACAGUUAAGAGUCUUGAGCAAACACUGAUCUGUGUGCAAUAAGAAUUAUGUUGCUGAUUACGACUUUAUUGGGCGCAAAUAAGCUAUGGCAGAGCAAAUGGCCUCAUUUUGUGUAACCCAUAAUUACAAUGGCUUUACUUUGUGUCUUUCUAAAGGUAUUACUUAAGUAAUUAUUGUGUUACUGUGUAUGUUUUCCUCAUAUAGUUUGCAAGGAGUUUGAGCCCAAACAGUGUCCAGCUGCAGUAGCCCAGAGUAAAGGAGGACUUGUGUGUGUCAGCAUCAACAAGAAGUGUUAUUGUAAACACAUGAGCAAUGAGGUACUCUUUCCUGUAACAUCACAGGCCUAUGAGCUAAAAGCCUCUCAUACUCACACUUUCUACAAAAAAAUAGUUUCUACAGAAAUACAAUUAAAGGAAUAACAAAUUAGGAACAAGAAAAUUAAAUAGAAAUGUUUGGUUCUUAAAUCAUUAUUUGCCAUAUUUGCCAAAUUCAUUACACAGGGCUAUGAUUGUGUGUUCUUGAGCAGAAGUCAUCUGUAUGGGGAGUGCAGUACAGACACCAGACACAAAUGGACAAUCCAUUACAUCGGAGGGAACAAGCUGGCCGUUUGCAACAGAAAGUCCCCUCUGUAAAGCCUCUGUAAAGGUUCUCUUUAACUCCACAGAAAGGCCAUGGUGCACAGCCUGUACAGCUGGAAUAUUUAACACUGUAACUAAAUCAUCCUCUAAUUCUGGUGUAAAGUCUUAAAGGCCCAGUGCAGUCAGAAACGUGAUUUUCCUGUGUUUUAUAUACGUUUCCACACCAUGAGGUUGGAAAAAUACUGUGAAAUUGUGAAAAUUAUUAUAUUUUAGUGUAAGAGCUGUUUAAAAAGACCUUUGGCCUGCCUGGUGACAUCACCAUGCAGUUCAUUAGUUAAUAGACCAAUAACAAAUAAACUUCCAAACCACUCUGCCAAUAACAGCUCAUUUUCAGUUUUCCUCUUCCCACUCAGACACUCCCAGACAAUCCUAGCAAAAUUCUUGCUUGAGAAAUUCCCCUUUGCUAAGAAGCUAUUUUUGUUUGAAAGCAAUCACAGUAAGAUACUUAAUUGUUACCCAGAAAUGAUUUGAUAUUGAGAUAAAAAUGGCUGCAUUGGACCUUUAAGUCAUAUUGAAAUAAGGAUAUGUUUCAAAGUCAAUGCUUUUCAAAAGUCCUAAAAGUGUGUGUCCCUUUGUCUAUGCAAAAUCCUCAAGUCCUAUUGCAGGAGCUGAAACAGCCUACUUUCCCAAGGACCAGGACUGCCUGACGACCAAGAGUUACAAUGAUCUUGAGGCUAAGCUCAUUCAAUGA